AUGCUCACGAGUAAAAAGUGGGAUCCGCGAGGCAAGCACUGCUACGUGACUGGCGGGUCAGCGGGACUUGGGCUUGCCCUCGCCAUUCUCCUUACUCGCAAGGGCGCAGAUGUCUCGAUUGUUGCUCGCCAUAAGGGGCGGCUAGGAAAAGCGCUGGAACUGAUGGAGGCCGAACGUCAGACGCCUAACCAAGUCUUGCGGUCCUUCUCAUGCUCUUUAAACGAUGCAACUGAGGCCUGGGAUGCACUUGAAGCGGCUUGCAAAGCACACGGAGGCAGAUGCCCAGACGCCAUAUUCUUAUGUGCCGGGACCUCUACACCUGGAUUCUUUGUCGAAGAAAGCGAAGAAUCACUUCGCCGGGGCAUGGACAACACGUAUUGGGCGGGAGCGUGGACCGCUCUGGCCGCUGCGAAGCGGAUGGUGCGACAUAAAGCCAAGGGAAAGAUUGUAUUUGUGUCUUCUGUCCUUGCCUAUAUGUCAAUAAUAGGGUACGCUUCCUACAGUCCGGGCAAGUUUGCACUGCGAGGUCUCGCGGAAACACUCAGAUCGGAACUCCUACUAUACCCUAUUGAUGUCCAUAUAUUCUUCCCGGGAACGAUUUACAGUCCCGGCUAUGAGAAUGAGAAUAAGACGAAGCCCAAAGUCACCCUAAAGAUAGAAGAGACUGAUGACGGACUGCAUCCAGAGCAGGCGGCCGCUGUUCUUUUGAAAGGGGUACAGAAAGAUUACUUCCAUAUCAGCCCUGACUUCAUCGGGAAUGUAUUCCGGACUACAACCAAGGGGGCAACUCCCCUUAAUAACGUCUUAAUAGAUUGGGUCUACGCCCUUAUUGGCUGGAUCGCUCUCCCCGUGUGGCGUUGGACUGUUGAUAAGGCUGUGAAGGAGCAUCGUAAAGAACACGCUGCGUACCUUGAGGAGAGGGGAUUCUUCCAGGAAGACGUCGUAGGCACCAAUGGGCAUGUCGAAGCAUCCCCAGGUGCAUGA